CGCUGUGGCAGUGGCGAGUGCAGACCCCGCGGCUGGCUCUGCGAUAACGAGGUGGAUUGUAUGGACGGCAGCGAUGAAGAUGAUUGUAACAGGAGCUGCGACCUGGACCAGUUCAAGUGCUCGCUGAGCGGGGAGUGUGUGGGGUACAGCCAACUGUGCGACGGGAUCCCACACUGCCGCGACCAAUCAGACGAGAGCAUGGACAACUGCGGUUCCACGCAGAUCCCCGUGUCCCGGGCACUUCAUCUGCACUAACAGGAUGUGUGUGAACAUCUCCGUGGUAUGUGAUGGCUCCCCGGACUGUCCACAGGGAGAGGAUGAGAAGACAUGCGAGAGAAGCUCGGUGACCCCCUCCCCCUCCAUCCAGGACAAGCCGAGCUCCACCUCCUGC